AUGCCAAGCGAGGACUCAGAUAGUUCUGGAGACGAUGGAUUUUUGCAGCCUACGCCACUUGCAGUUCAGGAUGCUGCAUAUGCAGAUAAUGUGGCCGAUGAUGUUGAAGAUUUGGGGUUCCGAAUUGGACGGAUGCGACUUGGCGAGAGAAUUGGGGGGCUGUAUCGCCCAAGGAUAGCUGAUGAAAUCAUGUCCUCUCUUGAAGGAUUUCCUACACGGGGUUCCUCAAAUGUGUCAGUGCCAGUGGUUAUAACAUCGGAGGACGGAUUUUCAAAACCUGGGCCUUAUUUCACCGCUGCAUCGAUCGAUUCCCUUUUUACUCAACAUUCUUCUCAGGACUCACUUGUGAACUAUAUCCCCAGUCGCAAAAUUUCUGACAGACUGUUAUCGCGGUACUGGACAAGUGUGCACCCCGUCGCACGAAUUCUUCACGGGCCUUCAUUUGCACACCGGUACGAGACCCUAUGGGAAAACAUCGAUAAUGGAAAUAUAGUGGCGCCCUCACUUGCCGCAUUGGUCUGCGCUAUCUUAUUCUCUGCUGUGCUGAAGUUGGGGGUGGAGGCUUCAAUUGGGAGAUCCCAGUUACUAAAGUCCACCAAGCUUGAACCCUUACAAGCAUUUGUGGCAUAUUUGCUAGCAAUGUGUAUUGAUGAUGUCUCUCGGGCUUUGUCUGUUUUGACUGGAAUGGUGGUACGCCAGGCAGAAUGCAUGGGCCUGCACCGCGAUCCUUCUGAGUAUGGCUUCUCAUCGACUGAAUGCCAAGUCCGAGGUUUGGUUUGGUAUCAGAUUUGCUACCUCGAUUUGAAAACGAGUGAGAUUCAGGGGCCCCGGCCAUUCAUUCAUUACGAUGGCUAUACAACCAAGUUGCCGCUCGAUAUAGCCUUACUAGCAAAGACAUCCCCUGGCGGAAAGCCGGCUUGGAACGACAUGAUCUUUUCCAUGAUCCGAUUUGAAUGUCAAGAAAUGCAGCGCAAAUGUCUAGUAUUGCGAGAUCGAGUAGACCUGAAAAAGACAAGUCUGACAAAAGCACUAUCCAAGAUUGAAGCAUUCCGCGUAUCCAUGGACUCUAAAUACGGUCCCUUUCUCAACGCAGCAUCACCCAGCGCAAUGCAGAGGCUCGCACAUCAGGUCAUGAAGCUUUUCACCAACCUUCUAUAUCUUAUCACGCUGCACAGAUACAUGAAUAGCGUAACGUAUAGGGUACCUGACAGACUGCGUCAGAUUGUGCUGAGCAAAGGAACCGAUGCUCUUGAAGCUGCCGUUGAACUUGAGACAUCCGAGGAUCUCAAAGAAUGGUCAUGGUAUAGUGGCUCCUACCAACAGUACCAUGCAGCAUUUCUUUUACUGGUUGAGGUGUUCACCUACCCGAUGCGGAGGGAGGCGAACCGGAUAUGGAGAUGCUUAGACUUUAUUUUCGCUGAAGUACUAGUGCAUGUACAGCCGCUGAAUACGGGCGCAAAUGGCCCCACACUUCAGGACAUCAUCGCGCACCGCGAUACAAAAGCGCGAUACAUUCUCACUCUACUUUGCAAGCGGAUGCGUGCUUAUCAUAAGGCCAAGGGUUUGAAGAAUCCAGUUCAAUUCGAUGACUCUAUGAUCAUCAUCACACCACAAAAGGAAGGCGACACCUCGAACCCUCAUAUGCCUCUCAAUUUUGCCCACGGAGAGCCACAAGCUGAACCACCUUCUCAGACUGCUGAAACCCAUACCAGUAAUAUUGAAAUCAGCGUUGAAGACUCAUCAGCUUACCCAGAAGGCCCGGAUCCUACAAUGCAACAUUUACCAGUGAACCUUUCAGGUCCGCCCGACAUGUCAUGGAAUCCAGCACUUCAGAAUAUGGAGUACAUGGCACCCACGUGGGUUUCAUCGUCCAGGUCAAUUUCGCCUUGGAUUGAAAAUCCAGGAAACUAUGUGGAUAGUGAGCCUAAUGCAGGACUGCAUACAGGCUAUUAUCAUAGAUAUGCUCCUAGUCCAACGACGCAUAAUAGCUCUUUGGAUUCUCAUUCUAAUGAGGGAAAUCAUCAAGGACAUGAGAUUGACUCGAAUAUGCUCGAGAUUGACUGGAAUCUGUGGGAUACGAUGUUUCCACCUCAAGUCAACGACGGCCACCUGGAUUACUCAGAUGACUCAAUGCGGCAGUCGUAUAACUCAUUCAACGGUAUGACUUAA